AUGAGCGAAGAACAAAAAGACAUCUUACGCCGUGCUGGGUUUUUGGAAGGUUUAAUUUCUCGGUGGUCGCCGCGCAAAAUCUCCCGGAACGCCGGGUUCGCCCAGGAAGGGCUCGACUCAUACCAGGAGAUGCACAGCGCCCUGGAGUAUCGUGCAAUAACGUGGGUCCUCCGCUGCCGGGAUAAAAACAUGGGAGCCUACUGGAAGAGCCCGACGCCGGGCCAGAAGUCCUACCAUGCCAAAGAACUGGUCCAAUAUCUCCUGAUACACUGCAGGGUCAAGGGUUCCGAUAAGGACCUGCUUCUAGAGAACUUCCGCCAGCGGUUCGACAGAGACGUCGCCUACUUUGAAGCUCACGGGCUCUCUAUUUACAACUUUCAUAAAGUAUUGGAAAGCUACAUGGCGGCCUUAGAUUACAUGUUUUUUGAUGGCCUGAUCACUAAUCCCGAGAGUGUAGCGGCAGACACCCAACCCCAUGGGCAGCUCUUCAUGCCACGCAGAUACACAGCCAAACUGCGGGUGAACCACGGUGCCGAACCGAGCGGUAAGAUGAUCGCGAAAUGGUACAUGGGGACUGUGGAGAUGUACACGCACGGAGUAAGCGGUGCCCAUGUGCAGCAACUCACGUUACCGCAGGUAGUGUCUACUCUCGCACACGAGCUCGUGCAUGCUUUUCUCGAUAUAUUUGCGUGGGAUGACGACGUCGUUAGACGUACGCUGCAUGUGGGCUACAAACCUCCUGUUCAUGGAUACACCAAAGGUCACGGACCAGCGUUUUGGUCAAUAUACAGAUUUGUUGCAUGCACUUUACGUGAUUGUGCUGGACCAACAGCAGGUCUGGCCUUUAUUAAUGACGCAGAAGUUGCAGCCAAACUUUAUGAAGACAUGCUCGAUUUGUGGGAUAUAGUCUGA